GGAAGCAGACAUCACGGAAAUAUUGACUUACAAUUGAGAUUAAUUUUGGUAUUUAUGUGAUGUUUAGCAAACUGUGAGUAAUGGAUAGACGAAGCAGUCAAGAUGCAGUGGAGGGACGUUCGACAACAAACCGAUCCGGGGCCAGCAGCGAAUCAAUGACGUCGACGUCAGAGCGAUCAGUUUCGAUUCAGAGCAGAGCUGAGUCCACUGGGAGUUCACCAUCCAAAUCUCUCUGCUCGUCAAAUUCGUCGUCUUCAGAAAACGUCCCUGCCCAAGAGAUGAAAGUUUUGGGAGAGAUGGCCAAGUUUGGACAGUCUGAGGAUCCACCUUUACUUAAUGGAGAGAAAACACAAGGCAUUGCUAAGGAUGUUGCCUACCUUUGUCCAUACAGUGGUCCAAUAAGAGGAACCCUAACAGUUACUAACUAUAAGCUGUAUUUUAAAAGUUCUGAAAGGCAGGAUCCACCUUAUAUCCUGGAUGUUCCCCUAGGUGUUAUUAGCCGUGUAGAGAAGAUAGGGGGCUCUACAAGCAAGGGAGAAAACUCAUAUGGCAUUGAUAUAUUUUGUAAGGAUAUCAGAAAUUUACGUUUUGCUCACAAACAAGAAAACCACUCAAGGAGGCAGGUGUUUGAAAGAAUACAGCAAUGUGCAUUUCCUGUUACAAACAAAAUGCCCCUUUUUGCGUUUGAGUUUAGUGAGGACUAUGGUGAGAAUGGCUGGGGUGUUUAUGAUGCCGUAGCUGAGUUUAGGAGACAGAAGGUGCCUAAUGAGAGCUGGAGACUGACCAGGAUUAAUGAAAACUUUGAGUUUGCUGACACUUACCCUGCGGUGCUGGCUGUGCCUAACCAUGCCACAGACGAGGAUCUCCACCCUGUGGCAGCCUUCAGGAGCAGAUCUAGAAUACCUAUUUUGUCCUGGAUCCAUCCAGAGAGCCAGGCGACCAUUACACGGUCGAGUCAGCCGCUGGUGGGCGUCGCCGGUAAACACAGCAAGGAGGAUGAACGUUACAUUCAACUGAUCAUGGAUGCCAAUGCUCAGUCCCAUAGGCUGUCCAUCAUGGAUGCCAGACCCAUGGUGAAUGCCCUGGCAAAUAAGGCCAAAGGAGGAGGCUAUGAGAGAGAAGAUGUGUAUCAGAGUGCUGUGGUUGAUUUCCUUGAUAUACACAACAUACACGUCAUGAGGGAAAGCUUGAGGAAGCUAAAAGAUGUAUGCUUCCCCAGUAUUGAUGACACUCACUGGUACUCCAACCUUGAAGCCACACAUUGGCUGGACCACAUUAAGCAAAUAUUAGCAGGUGCUGUGAAGAUAGCAGAUAAAGUGGAGAGUAACAAAACCUCUGUGUUGGUACACUGUAGUGAUGGCUGGGAUCGUACCUCACAGCUGACAGCCCUGGCCAUGUUGAUGUUGGAUCCAUUCUACAGAACCAUUAAGGGUUUUGAGGUGCUGGUUGAGAAGGAGUGGAUCAGCUGUGGGCACAAAUUUGCACAGAGAGUGGGUCACGGAGAGGAUAAGCAUUCUGACGCUGACCGCUCUCCCGUCUUCCUUCAGUUCAUAGACUGUGUCUGGCAGAUGACCAAGCAGUACCCAAAUGCAUUUGAGUUUAAUGAGCACUUCCUUAUCACCAUACUGGAUCACCUAUACAGCUGCCUAUUCGGGACAUUCCUAUUUAAUUGUGAACAGCAACGCGUCAAAGAGGAGGUGAAGCAGAAGACAGUGUCACUGUGGUCAUUUGUGAACUGUCAGAUUGAGGAGUAUGCUAACCCGCUGUACUCAGCCUUCCUACACUGUCAUGUCAUCUUCCCAGUGGCCAGUUUGCGGCGCCUGGAACUGUGGACAGCUUACUACUGCAGGUGGAACCCUAGACUCCGGCCUCAGGAACCAAUUCACCUGAGGAACCGAGAGCUCUUGAUUCUGAAGUCACAGCUACAGAAGAGAGUGGAUGAGUUACAGAAGGAGUUGGAAGUGAAGAAUGCUCGGGGGUCGGUGCCGUCCUCACCGAGGAUAUCUCCCGCUGUCAAUGUCUGAGCUUGCAGUCAGAACAUUCACCAAAAAUACCGGGAAUCUAACAGCUUUGCUGGCUGUUUUGGGAGGCUGGCCUCCAGGGUACAUGUAUGUGUCACAGACUGUUGUGAACAAGAACAAAUAGUGUGACAAACCAGCUGCCAUUGUUUGUCAGGAGAUAAGGUUCUUCUGAAGGAAAUGAAGGAGACUUCUGGUUGAAGUGAAUUGUAGUGGACUGUUAUCAGAGGUGACGAAUUAUGUGAUUACUGAAAUUAGGGAGUUCAUAUACAAAGCCCAGCACAGUGAUUACCAGAAUCUGGAAGAACAGGCCUUGAAGUCCCAAUGUUUGUGACAUCUUGUGUAUGGAUGUAGGACAUGGCUAGAGCAUUGGAUCUGGUGACUGACGCCAAACCUUCACUCUUUUCAGAUGUAUUUCAGUGUAAAUUUUGGCUAGGUGCAGUAAUGUUUGCUGCAGUACCUAGUAUCUAAGUACACAUGUACUUUUCUUAUCACCUGUCAGAAGAGACGCAAAGGUUGCCACUUCAGAGUGUACUUUUUAUAGCUUGUAUUAAUCAAUAGAAACAGUGGUCUAAUGCAGUUACAAAACUUUGAUUACUUUGUAUGUGGAGGUUUUAGUAUUAUGCUGAUUUGGCAUCUAAGGCUGCAUUUAGACCCUUGCAGUGAUCUACAUGUAGCUUGCGUGUGUACAAAUUCAUGACGAGGAUAUAUUUAUUUCAUUACUUGAUUGGUGUUUUGCACCAUGUUCAAGAAUAUUUUACUUAUACGACCAGCAUUAUGGUGGGAGGAAACAGGGCAGAACCUGAGGGCUACCUGGCUGCUGCUGCCAGACCUUGGCAUUGUACGAGGGAGGAAGAAGUCAGCAUGAGCUGGACUUACAUGAACAAAGCGAAUGCAUUGGUGAGAGGCUCCUGGAUCAUUGCGCUGCGCUAGUACGCCAAACCACUAGGUUAGAGAAGUAUUUGCUUAGUUUACAUAUACUGACUGUAUGUUUUAGGGCUAGUUAUGGUUGGAUUCAUGAAAAACCGUAAUAAAAGUAUGAUGUUGAUGAGCGCCAGCUCUGCCCAUCCCUAGCAUGGAUGUGGAUAUCAUCAAAAUGUUACCUGUAUUCAGGAAACACCUUGUACAGUAUGGAUUCAGUUUCUUACUGUUUUGAUGAUGAGGUGGAGUAAGAUAGUUGGAUAUUGUUUGGGUCUACUAUGUACAUAUGAGCUGAGGGAUUCCACGUGAGGCACUCCUACUUCUUUUGCUACAGGGCGAUUGGUUCCUGUACACGUGUGUUACUCUCUGUAGGUCAGCAAAUCAGAGCUGUAUUUCAUCCUUAAUAGAUUUUUUUAUAAGAGUUCUUUUUGGUUCAUAGUUAAAUCAGGCGCACAUGAUUGAUUACCGGUUUGUGUGUAAUUAUGAAUGAUCAGGUCGUAAUAAAUGAUCAGUUGUAAGAAAACACAUUUGGGUACAUUGGUAUUUUUUCAGUGAGCAGUGUAUAUAUAAUACAUGUAAUAUACAUAUGUAUAUGUAUAUUGGGUGGGUCAUGCUCCAGUGCCCCUGUUCAGUGGGAACUAUCCUACUUCACAACAUCUUUUUGUCAAAUGUUAAGCUGUGUACAAUUUUAAUAUGGUUUUCAUCUUUAAAUCA